AGUUUAAUAUGCCACAGCGACGCUACACUCAAAGAGCAAACGCAGCCGACACAUGCACGGCAAGAUGCCUCCUGCAUGGUCGCUAUUGCAGUUUGUGUGUGUAGCGUCCCUACUGCGCAUCUUCGCCGCUGCGUCGGCUGCAGCAUGUCCGCAAGGAUGCCUCUGCGUUGGAACCACUGUUCGCUGCAUGUUCCUCAAUUUCGACCACGUUCCCCGGGUUCCAGAGAACACGACGGUUCUUGACCUGCGCUUCAACAACAUACAACGCAUACCGGCGAACGCAUUUCAAGAACUGCCCCACCUAGAUGCCUUGCUGCUGGACAGCAACCAGUUGCAGAUUAUCGAAAACCAAGCCUUCGAGAAGCUCAGGAACCUGAGGCACUUGUUCCUCUCCAAGAACAGAAUCAGGCGCAUCGAAGAUGACGCAUUUUCAGGACUUCACCAGCUGGAACAAUUGUCUCUGCAAGAGAACGAGCUCGAGGAGAUUGCGGAGGCGCCGUUUCGGAUUCUGCUGUCUUUGGAGAGGCUGCACCUCAACGACAACCACAUACGCACAGUCCAGAAGGGAGCCCUGCAGAACCUCAGGCAGCUGAGACGCUUGCGUUUGGAUGGCAACCCGCUGUUAUGCGACUGCGGCCUCGUCUGGUUCACACAGAUGCUUCGAGAGAAGCAGACCAUUACGCAGGCCAGUGGUCAGUGCUCCCAGCCGGACUCUCUUCGCGGCAGACCACUGACGUCACUGGACAGCGGCGACUUCGCUUGCGAGAGGCCCCGCAUUGUGCAAGAGCCGCAACCCCAAGAAGUGGAGCUCGGCGAAUCCGCCAACCUGACGUGCAAGGCAGAGGGCGAACCACGACCGGACAUCUACUGGACCCAGAACGGAGUCGACGUUUACUUCGGAGGUCGGAGUGGUAUCGAUAUUCUCGAAGACGGAACGCUGGUCAUUCGCUCGGCCAAGGAAGAUCACGAAGGCGCCUACCGGUGCAGAGCGGAGAACGCGGCUGGAGCAGUGACCUCCAAAAGUGCGCAGCUAAGUGUAGUGGCAAACUUCGAAAACUACGUAGACAGACAAGAUUACGAGAAACCACGCAUAUUGGGCAAGCCGUCCGACGUCGCCGUCAUGGCUGGCCGCAGCGUGACGCUACGCUGUCCGGCCACGGGAAAGCCUACGCCACUGGUCACGUGGAAGCGGGACGGUGUGCCCCUGCUACAGCACGCCCGUUACCACGUGUCCCUCACUGCCGGCAUGCUGCUCAUCUCGGCCACUGACCCCAGCGAUGCCGGCACGUACCGCUGCACGGCCACCUCACCAAUCGGCGAAGACAGCGCUGCCAUUAGGCUGGACGUGCAGCAGAUUCCGUACUUCUUGGAAAAACCACGUGAGCAAGAUGUCCUGGAGGGCGAGAACGUAGAGUUUAUCUGCAGCGGUGCAGGUUCCCCAGCACCGGAGCUGUCGUGGUACAAGGAUGGUCAACGUGUAACUCCGGACGGGGAAAGCGUGAAGGUGCUGCACGGUGGCAAGGUACUUCGGCUUCAGGGAGUGGCCAGGCAGGCGCAGGGUGUCUACACGUGUCACGCCGAGAACGCCGUCGGCUACUCCGAAGCCCACGCGGACCUCUCAGUCAACUCGAAAACCUCCCCGCAUUUCGUAAGUGCGCCGGCAAACACCGAGGCUGACCCUGGGUCCAGCGUCGAGGUGCUGUGCAUGGCUGAGGGUCAUCCGACGCCAACCCUGUCCUGGCGCAAGGACGGGGAACCUCUGCCUCUUGGUGGACGGUUCAGCGCGGGCCCAGAUGGUCUUCGCGUGGUGAACGUACAACCACGGGACGAAGGUCGCUACGAGUGCGUCGCCGAGAACGAGAUGGGUCGAGCAUCGGCCCCUUUCUACAUACUUGUCCGGGAUUAUAUUGAAGGGUACACUGGCACUCACCCUGGUGACCGGUACGUGCUCUCGGCCCUCCACGAGGCCGAGCAGUCGGUCGACAGGGCUGUCAACAGCACUCUCGAAGACCUUCUCAACAACAAGAGAAGCACCGUGGGAGGGCGCCACAGGCAUGCUCAUUUGCUGCGCAUAUUCCGCUACCCGGACUCAGAGGCUCAGCGUUCAGCCAGGGCAGCCGAGGUCUUCGAGAGGGCGCUCAACAUCAUCCAGGAACAAGUGGCAGCCGGCAUGCGAUUCAACAUUUCGGACACGUCAGUUGACAACCUGCUGUCCCCCGGGUACCUGGACCUGCUGGCUGAAAUGUCAGGCUGCCUGCAACACCGCCAGGUGCCGGACUGCUCCGACACCUGCUUUCACAAUCGCUUCCGCACGUACGACGGCACCUGCAACAACCUGCGUCACCCCAUGUGGGGUGCAUCGCUGACACCUUUUGAGAGGCUUCUGCCGGCGGAGUACGAGAACGGAUUCAACACACCCGUGGGAUGGACCGCCGAAAAACCUGUGAAUGGCCACCGUCUCCCAUUGGCUCGAGCUGUGUCCACCGGCCUGGUAUCCACAGAGGUGGUGGAAGGAGACUCGGAACACUCUCACAUGCUGAUGCAGUGGGGCCAGUUUCUUGACCACGACAUGGACUUCUCGAUGCCGGCCAUCAGCCACGAGAGAUUCAUCGACACCGUCGACUGCGCAGACUCGUGCGACAACGUCAUGCCUUGUUUCCCGAUAGAGGUGCCGGCGGACGACCGCCGGGUCCGUGGCCACCGGUGCAUCGAGUUCGUCCGCUCAAGCACGGCUUGCGGCUCGGGUCGUACCUCAGUGUUCUACGGAGCACUAGCACCGCGCGAGCAGACCAAUCAGCUGACGGCGUUCAUCGACGCCUCCAACGUGUACGGCAGCCGAGCCAAGCAAGCCAUUCACCUGCGCAACCUGACCAGCGACCGCGGACUACUAAGGGUGGGGCCACGCAUGCCGUCCGGGAAGUACCUUCUGCCUUUUAACGACGGACAGCCCAAUGACUGCAAGAGAAAUUCAGAGAUAAACGACGUGGACUGUUUCCUGUCGGGUGACGUCCGUGCCAACGAACAACUUGGCCUGCUCGCCAUGCACACGCUUUGGUUCCGCGAACACAACCGCCUAGCCGAGGCGCUCAGCGAGAUCAAUCCGCACUGGGACGGUGAGCGGCUGUACCAGGAAGCACGCAAGAUUGUCGGUGCCCAGAUGCAGCACGUCACCUACGAACACUGGCUGCCCAAGAUUCUCGGUCCAGCGGGAAUGGCUGCCAUGGGACCCUACCGGGGCUACAAACCGAACCUCAACCCAUCAGUGGUGAACGUUUUUGCCACUGCGGCCAUGCGCUUCGGUCACUUCCUGAUCAACCCUGUGCUACUUCGACUGGGCCCCGACUGGAGACCCGUGCGCGAAGGUCCGGUGCCUCUCAGGAGGGCCUUCUUUGCACCGCACCUGAUGCUCAGGGAAGGGGGCAUCGACCCGCUCAUGAGGGGACUGCUCGUGGCACCCGCCAAGCUGAGGAAGGCCGAUCAACUGCUCAACUCUGAGCUCACCGAUCACCUGUUCGAGCCAGCCCUGGUAGUGGCUCAAGACUUGGCCUCCUUCAACAUCCAACGGGGUCGAGACCACGGCAUGCCGGGAUACAACAAGUGGCGUCAGUUCUGCAACCUCUCGCGGGCCGAGAGCUUCGAAGACCUGCGUCGCGAGAUACCCAGCGCCGAGCUCAGACGUAAACUGGAGCGCCUGUACAAGACGCCCGAUAACAUCGACGUUUGGGUAGGGGCCAUCGGGGAAGAGCCACUGCCGGGUUCCAAGGUGGGGCCGACGCUGACCUGCCUAUUGAGUCUUCAGUUUGCAAGAUUGCGUGAUGCAGACCGGCUGUGGUACCUGAACGAAGGCACCUUCACUGCGGAACAGCGCGAGGAACUGAAACGCUCGUCGCUGGCCCGUGUGCUAUGCGAGAAUGGGGACAACAUCACGCACGUCACUCGUGACGUGUUCACGCUUCCGGAGCAACAACCCGGCGGCAUCGUCCACUGCACAGAGAUACCGGCCUUGAACCUCGAGCACUGGAGGGAGCGAACACCAGAUCUAAAAUGUCCGGAGGUCCGCAGCAAGCUCAAGCCCAAGAAAACCCGCACCUCCGCGAAAGAUCGCCCAGGAAGUCGACAGCAGAGCGCUCGGGCUUAGGCACCAUAACUGCCGGAAGCAAAUGUGCUGUAUUUUGUCGGCAUUUCUUUCAAAUCAUCACGCGCGAGUAUCCCAUCUCAGAAUUCAAUCUUUCAUUAACAAAUCUUCAAGAAUGAUCAAAACAAAAGCGCUCACAUCUGCCAAACUCCUUCAGUGUGCAACAUAUAAAAGAAGCACGUCUCAGAAGGAUUCACGCUCAAAGGUAGAGCUCCUUUUAAUUGAAUACGUCUUGGAAAAAUAAGAAGUGGUAGAGGAGGGGGGGGGGCACAUAGCAACGCUUAAACAUCCAACGGCGCAUUUCUAUGAUUUCAAAGAUUGUUUCUUCAGUGAAAAUUUAAAGGGACACUAAAAAGAAAACCGAUUUCUCUCAUAUUAGCAAAUUACACAUUUACAAUUCUAAAAUAGCCACGCUCGCCGUCAGAAGACGCUCGGUAAGCGAGAAGACGUGCAAAAAGAAAGUGCGGGCGCCGACGCUACCUUCAAACGCUACCAUGACGUGAUAAAUUUUGACGGCGUCAACUAGGUUCCUAAACGGCAAAAAAAUAUGUACAUUGUCCUCUCAGGCGGCCGUAGACCUACCAUACCAAAUUUCAGGAAGUUUGGUCUAGUAAAGGUCGCCAAAAUACGAAAAAUACACUUUGAUAUCUGUGACGUCACUCGCGAAGAGUUCGACACGAAAUUUAAAGAAGAUAGUUUCACGUAAGUUUUCUCCGCUCUCAAUAAGCCUACGAUGGUGAAAUGAACAGCAUUAGAGUUCUCAGAGCACAAUUUAUCAAUAUAAACGAAUUCGUUGAUUCACUUUAAGUGUCCCUGUAAACUUCCAGGCUUGUUGAAAUGACUUCCACAUCUCUUUUUUCAAAGGCGGGCAAAUCUUACCUAGCUUCGUCUGAAAAGCACUGCUCGAGGAUCGCAUGUCCACUGCACUCAGCCUACUGGUGGUAGGAAGCACAGUGAGUGAGUAACAACUACUCACUCACUCAGGUAGCUGAACUAUGGCUUUCUCGACAAAGAACAAAAAAAGAAAAAAAAAAAGAAAAUAUACGGAAGAACUGAAUGACGGCUUUAGAAAAAUGUGCGUACGGGAAAGCUCACAUCUAACGACUCGUGAAUGCGUCAUUAUCCACAAUUUAACAAUAUUUGCUCUAAUGAUUCCUCAGUAAAGGCACCAAACUAAUGCCGAAAAUGUUACUAUUUCGCACCAGCUGCGGCAACAACACGUGUCCCGAGGUCAUUCACGCCACUGCUUCUGCUGUGUGUUGUUCUCGAGUUCAAGUUUUUCAUGUAUAUAAACCAAAGUCGCAUUUUGUUGUAUUGUUGCUACAGACAUGUAUUACGAAACGCAUGCAUCGAUGUUUGUUGUUGGUAUUAGGAACUUGAAUUCGAGUGAAAAGUUGACACUGCCACAUAAGAACCUGCGUCCAAUCAUUUUUUUUAGUUUGUCUUCAUAUCUUCUUAUUGUUUGCAAUGUAUAUUUGUUGUUAAAUACUUUCGCCUUAAAUGUGGUUGCAUCAAGCGUUUGCAAAUUUUCUUUUUAUAAAUAAAGUACAUACUGAUUCA